GCAGCAUGAACACCAGCGAAGCCAAGGAUUAUCUGACCCGGAGGGAGAUCCCCCAGCUUUUUGAGAGUCUGUUAAAUGGAUUGAUGUGUUACAAGCCUGAAGACCCAGUAGAAUAUCUCGAGAGCUGCUUACAAAAGGUCAAGGAACUGGGAGGACCAGAGAAGGUGAAAUGGGACACUUUUGUCGGCCAAGAGAAAAGGACGUUACCUCCCCUCAAUGGCGGACAGUCCCGAAGAUCAUUUUUAAGAAACGUGAUGCCUGAAAAUGCUAACUUUCCUUACCGGCGAUAUGAUCGGCUCCCUCCAAUCCAUCAAUUCUCCAUAGAAAGUGACACUGACCUUUCAGAAACAGCUGAGCUCAUUGAGGAGUACGAGGUUUUCGACCCCACCCGACCACGACCCAAAAUCAUCCUGGUCAUAGGUGGCCCAGGAAGCGGGAAGGGAACUCAGAGCUUGAAAAUAGCGGAGCGCUUUGGGUUUGAGUACAUUUCAGUGGGAGAGCUGUUAAGGAAAAGGAUCCACAGCACAAGCAGCAACCGGAAGUGGAGUCUCAUUGCUAAGAUCAUCACGACUGGAGAGCUGGCCCCGCAGGAAACCACAAUCACGGAGAUAAAGCAGAAGCUGAUGCAGAUGCCUGACGAAGAGGGGAUCGUGAUCGAUGGCUUUCCCCGGGACGUGGCGCAGGCCAUAUCAUUCGAGGACCAGAUCUGCCCCCCAGACUUGGUCGUGUUCCUGGCUUGCACUAGCCAGCGGCUCAAGGAGAGACUGCUGAAGAGGGCGGAGCAGCAGGGCAGGCCUGACGACAACGUGAAAGCCACCCAGCGAAGGCUUGCCAAUUUCAAGCAGAAUGCCUCGCCCUUGAUCAAAUAUUUCCAGGAGAAGGGGCUCAUCAUGACGUUUGAUGCCGACCGCAAUGAAGACGAGGUGUUCUAUGACAUCAGCCUGGCUGUCGGCAGCAAGUUGUUCCCACCCACAGAGGCUGUAGCAGGGCCGAGCGAAUUCGACCUCUGUGUGGAUGCCGGAGAUGGGAUCGAUGCAGGGUCUGACUUGGAGGACCAGGGAGAUGACGAGAUAAAUGUUUUUGGAGAGGACACCAUGGAAGAUCUUGCAGAAGAUUUGAAGAAGUCCAAGAUUAUUUUUGUGAUUGGUGGUCCUGGCUCUGGCAAAGGGACCCAGUGUGAGAAGUUAGUCCAGAAAUAUGGCUUUACUCACAUCUGUGCUGCUGAGCUCGUGAGGAAUGAGCUGGCCUCAGCAUCAGAAAGAAGCCUGCUGAUCAGGGAGCCCCUGGAGCGGGGAGACCCAGUGCCCGUGGACAUCGUUCUGGAGCUCCUGAAGGAUGCCAUGGCAGCCCACCUGGGAGAAGACACGAAGGUGUUCCUCAUUGAGGGCUAUCCCCAGGAAGUGAAGCAGGGGGAAGAGUUUGAGCGCAGGAUUGGACAGCCCCACCUGGUGAUCUGCAUGGAGUGCUCAGCCGACACCAUGACCAGCCGGCUGCUCCAGAGGAACCCGGAUGACCGCGCUGAGGCCGUCACCCAGCGCAUCCAGACGUACUACCAGGCCCUAGUGGCCAUGACUGCUCACUACGAGAAGAACACACAGUUACACAAGAUAAAUGCAGAGGGGAGUCCUGAGGAAGUAUUUCUUCACAUCUGUACAGCUGUUGAUUCCAUCUUCUGAAGAACAAAAGGGACAGACAGACACAACAAUUCCAGGCUCCGCAUCCCGCCCAGAUCAUGGUGUAUGUACAAAGCUCAGCCUCUCACGUCCCACAAGCGUCCUGGCCACAAUGCUGCCUGAAGCCUGAAGGGUAGCGGGUGUCAGCGUCUGGUGUAUUCGGCAUUGUCCAGCCUCCUCCUCUUCUGUCCUCGCAUUGACCAUACCCACACCUGCACAUCUCUCCUUUCUCCAUCAGUUUCCAGGGCACCAGGAUCAGCACAUCCCGCCUGCAGGAGCUCCCAGGAGGGUCUGUCAAUCAGCCAGGCAGCACAGGCGGGCAGGGGGAUUCCCAUGGCAUCCCACAGGAACUGUGUUUUAAGAGGUUUCCCCCUUCACUGUUGUCACUAGGGUCAAUGCAGGCCUUAGUCUCCUCGUGAGGAGAAGAGGACCCUGCUCAGUCAUCUUUUCCUAUCAUGUGGUGCCUUCACACUGCCUUUCUCCUCUCCCUUCUCCCCAAAGCCAGAGCAGUCCAGCAGAUGGACAACUCCUUGACAUUGAGUCAACAGUAGAAAAGGAAAAGCUUCUCACCAGCUUCUGGCAGCAGAGGCAGCUGUGGGUAGUGAGACGGAGACAGGAGGUCUUGCCUCUGGCACACACUAGUUACAUGGCCCUCAGUGCAGAGGGUGCCAGCCUGCAUGGACAGAAGGAGCUGAUGAAAUCACAGGUCGAGUCUCUUGCUGGAAGCUGGCCGUUGCUCUGAAUACCGUCAAUGCUUGAGAAUGUGACAUUCGAGGAUUUCCUUCCUACAAAAUGGCGCCAAGAUGACAAUCAAUGCCUGACUUGGGAAGCCUGGCAUAGAGAGCAUAACAAAUAAUGCACUCAAGAUAGUCCAUGAAGGCAUGAGAAAUGAGCCCCAUGGGGGAGCCAAGGGACGACCUUGUCCGCUCCUCCCCUGGCCGUCCACAUCGAAGUGUCUGGUCACAAUCCUCACUUUCACCGCCGUGUGCUCGCCUGCCCUGUCACUAGCCCAUUUGGAGAAAGCGACCCCAAGAGGAGGUGCUGGGGGUGGGGUUUGGCCGGUGCCUCGGGACGCCCCUGCCUGGUAAUGGCCCCUCAGCAGGUCUGGGAAGACCCUGCUACACUGGCAUCAGUGACCCCGCCUCUUCCUCUGUGCUCCUGCUGAUCUGGUCCAAUCCAGUGUGUCCCAGCUGCUGCUCCCCUGUCUCUGCCAGAGUCCAGAGCCCCUGCUUGCAUGACCUCUUUCUUGCUUCAUCUAAGAUCAUUUCUGGGGCAGAUCUGCAUUUUUAAAGUGGCUUUUAUUGUA